CUUCCUUGUUUAUCUGAGAUGGCAGUUUCAAUGUUACAGUUUAUUCUUACAUCUGUCAACAAGCUCCAGAUGUUAUGGGUUGUGUGAGCUCUAGAUCAAAGAAUGAUGGAGUCUUGAGGAAGACUCAGACACCUCAAACUAACCGCUAUACCAGAGAUCCGACUAAUACUGAGAGGCCUGCGCCCUUGCUUCCUGGACAAAAGCUACAAAAUGUGCAAGCUCGCAGCGCACAGGAGAAUAUUGUUGUCACCCUGUUUUCUUAUGAAGCUGUCAAACGCACAGAUCUGGGCUUUCAGAAGGGAGAGAGACUCAAAAUAUUAAAGGCGGAUGGUGAUUGGUGGACAGCAAAAUCUCUGUCUUCUGGACGUGAGGGUCUUAUACCUUCAAACUAUGUCACGACAGCUUGUAGCAUCGACUCGAAUGAAUGGUUUUUUAAGAACAUAAGCAGACGUGAUGCUGAGAGACAGCUGCUCGCCCCGGCAAACAAACCAGGAGCUUUUCUCAUCCGAGAGAGCGAGACGACUCCAGGAAAUUACUCAUUGUCAGUCAGAGAUGUGAAUGCUGAUGGUUCAGAUGGCGUUAAGCAUUAUAGGAUCCGUACCCUUGAUAAAGGAGGAUUUUACAUUUCUUCCCGAAUCACUUUCAGACAAAUACAAGAUCUCAUCACACAUUACCAGAAGAAUGCUGAUGGGCUUUGUCGAUGUUUGGAUAAAGUCUGCGUAAGGCCUGAAGACACCACAGCGUGGGAUGAGGACGCUUGGGAGAUCAGUAAAAAUGAUCUUCGUAUGGAGAGGAGACUUGGUGCUGGUCAGUUUGGAGAGGUUUGGUUGGCAUAUUACAACAAGAGUACUAAAGUAGCGGUAAAAACGCUGAAGCCUGGCACUAUGUCUGUGGAGGCUUUCCUUCAGGAGGCAAAUCUCAUGAAAAACAUUCAGCACGAUCGACUCGUUCGGCUUCAUGCUGUGGUGACCAAAACUCCUCCCAUCUUCAUCAUCACAGAGUACAUGGCUAACGGAAGCCUGCUGGAUUUCCUGAAGACCCCGGCUGGCAGAAAAGUGAAGCUUCCUAAACUCAUCGACUUUUGUGCCCAAAUAGCAGAAGGCAUGGCCUAUCUCGAAAAGAAGAACUACAUCCACCGAGAUCUACGCGCCGCUAAUGUUCUCGUCAGUGAAAGUCUGCUGUGUAAAAUCGCUGAUUUUGGUCUAGCAAGAGUCAUUGAAGACAACGAGUACUCGGCCAGAGAGGGAGCUAAAUUUCCUAUCAAAUGGACCGCACCUGAGGCCAUUAACUUUGGGACUUUCACUAUUAAAUCAGACAUGUGGUCUUUUGGUGUCCUAAUGUAUGAAACCGUCACUUAUGGUAAAAUCCCAUACGCAGGUCUCAGUAACAGUGAAGUGAUGGCACGAGUUCAGCGAGGAUAUCGCAUGCAAUGUCCAGAAAGCUGCACUAAAGAACUUUAUCAAGUCAUGAUGACGUGCUGGAAGGCCAAACCAGAGGACCGGCCAACGUUUGAGUACAUGCAGAGCGUUCUGGAGGACUUUAACACAGCCACAGAGGGACAGUACCAGCAACAAUAACACCACAACGCUGUUAAAGAGCACAUAUUAUGACCAUUUUUACAAGAUGUACUUUAAGUCUCAGGUAUGCUUAGAAAGUGUCUGUUUCCCCUAUUUGGGAGGGAGCAAAAAAGUGCUGUUUUCGUGUAUAUGCAAAUGAGCUACCAGAUCUGAUUUCUGUAAAUUCAGUCUGGGACAGUAGUAUCUUUAGCUGAAUUAGCUCUACAAUGUGCUAACAAACACCCUUAGAAAAGCUUUUGGGUAAAAUUAACCAGUCAGUAAGUUGCUGUGGCGGAGCUUUAUCAGUGUGACAUCACAUUAACAAGAGCAUCAAAACAGCAUGUUUCAUUUGGUUUAGGGUUGAUUUUUUCCAUUGUAGGAUGGUUGUGUUCACAAACUGUCAACACACAUUUAUGUCCAAACAAACACCUUAUAAAAGUGGUCCUAGUUGAUGUGGGGCUUACAUUCAUAGAAAGAAAAGUAUCUCAUGAUUAUAUAACUUUAUAGUCAUUCUCUUUUUCUAAAGAUUAAAGUGAUUUGUUUA